AUGGCUACAACCGCUCCCAAAAUCGCAGAACAGGAGCAUCAAGAAGAGUCCGAUGUGGUGGAUCGCAAGGCUGCGGACCUCGCCGAACGGAUCCGCCGCAGCAAGCACUUCAUCGUAUUCACUGGUGCAGGCGUAAGCACCUCGGCAGGCAUCGCGGAUUUUCGAGGUCCAGAAGGUGUCUGGACCCUCAUGGCGCAGGGCAGAGAAUCCUCUAUCAGGUCCAUCGAUACAGUGCAGGCCCUCCCUACUCCCGCGCACAUGGCUCUCGUUGAGCUGCAGGAUCGGGGAAUGAUGAAGUAUCUGGUCAGCCAGAACUGCGACGGGCUGCACAGAAAGAGCGGGAUCUCGCCUGACAGGAUCUCAGAGCUGCACGGCAACAGUAAUCGCGAGUACUGCAAGGAGUGCGGAAAGGAGUACAUCCGCGACUUUCGAGCCGUGGCGCCCGACCACAACCACGUUAAUGAUCACCGCACAGGGCGUAAGUGCGCGCUAUGCAAGGGUGUGCUUCUGGACAGUAUCAUCAACUUUGGCGAGUAUCUCCCAGAGACUCCUCUCAAAGAAGCCCGCAAGCACGCAAAGAAGGCCGACCUGUGCCUCGUCCUCGGCUCCUCGCUGAGGGUACCGCCGGCAUGCGAGAUCCCCGAGACUGUCGGCCGCAGCAAGACGGCAGCUCUGGUCAUCUGUAACCUCCAGAACACGCCGAUGGACGAGUUGGCUGAUGUGCGCAUUCAUGCGAAGGCGGACGAUCUGAUGGAGAGGGUCAUGAGGAAGCUUGAGUGUCCGAUACCUACCUUUGUGCUGCGGCGCAGGCUUGUGGUGGCGGGGAGUCUUGAUGCUGGCGGGCGGCUCCAGGUCAAGGUCUCUGGUGUUGAUGUCGAUGGUACGCCCAUGUCGUUCCUCCGGUCUGUCAGGUGCACCAAUAACAGGCGCCUUGUGAGAUCCGAGCCGUUUAUCAUCCACUUCCGCGGCGCCAGCGAUCCAAGCGAGGACAUCAAGCUGGAUCUCGAGUUCAUGGGCCACUAUGGGGAGCCGAAUCUGGGAAUCACGUACCGAUAUGAAGGCGAGGACAGGAAAGAGACUGUGUAUGAUUUGGAGUACAACCCCAUGAGCAGGACUUGGGUCAUCAAUGUCAACAACCUCGCAGGAUAGAGGAGUCCCUACAGGUCUGUCUGGUUCACAUCAUGAACUUCUAGAGUGUUUGCACGAAACUUUGCUUUUUUUUCUUUCUUCUUUGUCCCCUUCUCUUUGCUCUGAAUUUGUGUUGAGAAACAUGUCAAUGAUCGCAGGCUUUCCAUCUGGACUUAAUAUUAGCAAUAUCGUCCCUG